CCGCCUCAGACCCCGAGAGGAAGAGCCGGACGCGGUGCGUGUUUGUGUCGGUUCGCGGAGGUCGGAGCUCGGAUCUCGUGGUCGUCGUUCGGUUCUCUUCACCCAAACUCUCUCUUUUCUCAGCCAUGGAGCAGAAGAAGACGGUUAUCGUGACAGGUUUUGAGCCGUUCGGUGAACACACGGUUAAUGCCAGCUGGGUGGCGGUGCAGGAGCUGGAGAAGCUGGGUCUGGGGCGUGAUGUGAACCUUCACGUGUCUGAAGUUCCUGUGGAGUAUCAGGCGGUCCAGACUCUCCUGCCGUCUCUGUGGAGACAGCACCUUCCUCAAUUAGUGGUCCACGUUGGAGUGUCCGGGAUGGCCACGACAGUAACUCUAGAACAGUGCGGUCACAACCGGGGUUACAUGCGCCUGGAUAACUGCAGCUUCUGCCCGGAGUCCCACUGCUGUAUGGAGGGAGGACCGGACUGCAUUCAGUCUGUCAUAGACAUGGACGCUGUCUGCAAGAGAGUCAACUCCUCCGGCCUCGGCGUCUCUGUGUCCGUGUCCAAAGACGCCGGCAGGUAUCUGUGUGACUACACCUACUACGUGUCUCUGUUCCUGGGCGAGGGCAGAUCGGCGUUUGUUCACGUUCCUCCUCUCGGGAAGCCCUACAGCGCGGAGCAGCUCGCUCGGGCCCUCAGGGCCGUCAUCCUGGAGAUGCUUGAACUGACGGAGCACAGCAAGGGAAGGAAACGCUGCCUGCACGACCAGUGAGAGCGGUUCUGCAGCGUCGCUUUGGGUUCCAGAGAUCCUGCGCAUCCCAAGACGCCGGUGUCUUAGCGCGUGCGCUACGUACUAGGAUCGAUCCGCCGGUUUGAGACGCAGAUCAUGUGCUCGACUCUAUCCUACGGCUGCGAUCAAAUAAUUAAGAAAGCACUUUAACGGGGUAUACUUGAAACAUGCAGAGAUUUGGUGUUUUGCUUAAAAAGACUUGGACGUGUCGUUCUAAUGUGAAAACGCUACUUAUACGUGAUCAGUCAAGGGAGAAUUUUUUUAAUCAUUAUUCACCAGAUUUAAGUGUGCCUGUAGUAUGAAGCCUGGGUUAGUAUAAUUACUGAAAUUAUAAUUGCUAAUUUUUCUUAAUUAUGAAAUAAAAAGCCAUAGAAUCUGCCAUGCCACCGACAAACAAAAGUAAAAUUUAAAUGAAUUAAACAUUUUUUUUUUAAAUGGAUUAAACGUUAACUGGGGAAAAAUAAUAGUAAGAUAUGUACCAUCUAGUGAGCUCUAAUUUGUAGUAAAAUAACUAAAAGUAAUACAACUACAUUACUACAAAUUAAAAAUGUUAAAGAUUUAUUGCUGACAUUUUAACUGAAGUAAUAAAAUAAAACAAAGCUUAAAAUGAAACCCUGUAUGGACAUUAUAAAUAAAUAUAUAUAAAAAAAGUGUGUGUGUGUAAAAUGUAAACAAAUUGUAUGAAAAUUUAUUUCUGAAAUUUUAACUAAAGUAAACACAACUUAAAAUAAAACCCUAUAUGGACAUAA